AUGAGUGAAGAUUUAAGCAAACCAAGUGUGUUAAUAGUUAGUAGUAGUAGCACUAAACCAAAAUCUCUUUUAAAGUUAAUAACUAAAGAAACAGUAAAUUUAUCAGAAAGUGUUGAUAAAGUAUCAACAUCCUGGAUUUUGGAUACUAAAUACUACAAAGCUAACGUCAACGUACAUGGAAUAACGAAAGAUUAUAAAAGGGACAGCGAAUUUAAUAGUUCCGUUGAAGCUUUAAUAAUUCAUAUAGAUACUAAUAAAGAAUCUGGUUUAGAUGAUUUAAAAGUUUGGCAAGAUUUAGAUGAUGAAUGUAACCCGGAGAUUAAAUUAUUAAUAGCUAAUUAUUGUAAUAACGAUACUAAAAUUUCUAAACCGAUGGCAAUUGAGUGGUGUCUUCGAUACGGAUAUGAAUUAAUCGAGCUUUAUCCCAACAAUGAAGACAAUUUGGAACAAAAUGAUGAGAUUAUUAAAGAGAAGGUUGGCGUUGAGCGGAUUGUCGAAGCUUUACAAAGCCAUAUUUGGCCUAAUUUAGUGAUGAAAAGUAAAGAAAUUGAUAAACCUUUGGAAAGUAAUGAGAAUAAUGCUGAAAAUAAGUUAGGGGUUAACAAAGAUUUAGAUAACCUUUUAAAUGGAAUUGAUAGUUGUAUGUCUCAAAUGGACGAUUUUACUAAUUUGUUUUCCAAAUUGCAAAGCAUGAAGGAAAGUAUUCAAUCUUUACCUCAUAAUGAGCGCAAAUUGCAAGCUGAAGAGCUGGUUANUCCCCGUAAG